ACUGACAAAUCCGACGUUGGGCGUAUCUACGAGGUCGAUAUCGCUUAUCCCGAUAACCUGCAUGACGCGCACAACGAUCUCCCCUUCUUACCACGAAAUGCCGUACCACCGGGCUCAAAAGUGAACAAGUUAAUGGCUACGCUGGAGCGGAAAGAGCGGUAUAUAGUUCACUAUAGAAAUUUAAAGCAAGCCAUUGCUAAUGGACUGAUAGUGGAAAAAGUUCACAGGGUGUUGGAAUUCCGACAGUCGGCGUGGCUUGCUGAAUACAUAAAUUUAAAUACGAGUAUGAGGAAGAAGGCUGGCAACGCAUUUGAACGUGAUUUCUUCAAACUACUCAAUAACGCGGUGUUUGGGAAAACUAUGGAAUGCGUUCGGAACCGCAUUUCCAUGGAAUUGGUUUCGUGUCCACGUCGAAUGCAGAAACUUGUGAAUAAACCAACGUUCAAACACGUGACCACGUACACCGAGAAUCUGGCCGCCGUAUCAUUGCAAAAGAGUGAGGUAUAUUUCUCCAAACCUAUUUACGUGGGGUUUGCCGUCCUGGAAAUAAGCAAGGAGUUAAUGUACGACUACCAUUACAAUGUUAUGCGGCGGCAUUAUAACGAUUCGAUUAGACUGAUGUACAUGGAUACAGAUUCCCUGAUGUAUCGAGUGAACACCGACGAUUUCUAUAAGGACCUGGUGGACAACCCCGCGCUCCUCGGACGGAUGGACACCUCGAAUCUCCCCGUCACUCACCCGUGCUACGUCGGUACGCGUAAGAAGAUCCCCGGAUUGUUCAAGGACGAGACGGCGGGCCGUGCUAUGUACGAGUUCAUUGCACUCCGGGCUAAAUCUUACGCGUACAAAAUCGAGGGAGACGAAAAACUUGUGGCCAAGGGGAUUCGAGGGCAUGUGGUCCGAAAUCACUUGACGUUCGAAGACCACAAGCGCUGUCUGUUCGAGAUCGACGACGCUGGUGAUGGUGACGAGAGCGAGGAGCUCGGCACGGACGACGACGAUUUCGACGACGGUGACUUUGGCGACGACAAUGAGUGGAAGGACGUGGAGAUGAGACGGCGAGCGCGCCUGAUGGCUCGAUCGGCCGUCGACACGAUACACGGGAAUGCCGCCGCCGCUAGCGUCGCCGCCAUUGCCGGCGUGAAAUUCACCCCAACACCACUUCCCACGUACACACCGUACACACCGUAUAGGGAAAACGUAUCGAUCCGAUCGUUCGAGCACCGCGUCAAAACGAUUAAGACCAUGAAAAUGACCCUUAAUCGUUUCGAUGACAAAUGUAUUGUUGACGACGAUCGGAUCCGUACGCGAGCGUAGGGUCAUUACACGCUACGCGCGUGAUAUUAAAUUUUGUAAAUAAAUGUGUAAAUAAUUUAAAAUAAAAAUAUAUCCAUUGUUGUAUUAUAAUUGUGUUUAUUUAAA